AUGUCAUCUGGCUCCGUCGCCAUCUCCAUGGCCCACGCCCACGGACCACUCACUCGGACAAACACUGCGCCUGUCUUCACCACCACCGUACCCGGGAGUACAAGUACUACACCCCCCACUGGUUUACGACAGACAAUGAGCCAUGCCUCCAGAUCCUCCCAGAUGUCGGGGUCGACGGCGUAUACGUCCUCGUCUUCGACCUCCCUCUCCUCGAUGACCAGCUCGUCAACCCUGAUGCCUCCAGCCAAUGGCGGAGCUGUCGUUGCGACGAAUAAUAUCAUCAAUCAGCGGGCAGAUGCGUCCCGGUCUCUCUAUCAGAUAUGCGUCAAUUUACGGCAGAGGUUAUCUCAGGUGCCGGGAUUUAGUAUACAUCUCAGCGAUUCGGACGAUGAAGACGAGGGGGAGGACAUGGAUCCCGUUUCGUCGCUGUGGAGGUGUUUGCGGAAGGGAACGCCCUUGAUGACUAUCUAUAAUUCUCUCCAACCGGCGGAGCCAUUGCAGAUGGACGAGGCAACUGCCGCGAAGAACCCCAAAAAGCCCGCAUUCAAAUUCGUGGAGGCCUGUUUAAGGGACUUGAAACUCCCUCCCGGUGAAUGUUUUACUCUAUCAGAUCUGUUUGGUGAUGAUACGACAGGCUUCGUCAAGGUCACCCAAGUUAUAAACUUUGUACUCGAUAAUGCCGAACAGCGGGGCCUCCUUUUGACAUCAGAGAAAGAAGAUGUUGCGCCGACUGUGCCGGCGGGGUCUCAAAUGAGCUAUCGAGACCACGUCGUCCGUGAGCUCGUAGAUACCGAGCGCAAAUACGUCCAGGAUCUCGAAAACUUACACGAGCUUAAGAAGAAAAUCGAGCAGAAGGGCGUCAUUCCUGGCGACGUGGUUCAUGACAUUUUUCUUAAUAUCAACGCUAUUUUGGAUUUCCAAAGGAGAUUUCUCAUCAAGAUCGAGACCACCAAUUCCCAACCGGAGGAUCGACAAGAAUGGGGUCUACCUUUCACCAACUAUGAAGAAGCUUUUGGCAUAUACCAACCUUUCAUUGCGAAUCAACGAAAGGCCGCCGACAUCGCGAAGAGGGAAUUUGAUAAGAUUGUCAUGGCCGAUCAUCCUGUCGUUGUUGAUUUCAACACAUUGGAUGGAUUUUUACUGAAACCAAUGCAACGCCUGGUCAAGUACCCGUUGCUGCUCAAGGAUCUACGAGAUAAAACAGGUGCAAAUGAAGAGACAAAGGCGGACCUAACUGCCGGAAUUGAAGCCGCAAAUCGCGUACUCAGGCAGGCCAACGAGGCUGUGGAUCGCGAGCUGAGAAAUGAAGCCUUGACAGAUCUGUGCGCGCGUGUAGAUGACUGGAAAAAUCAUCGAGUUGAUCAUUUUGGGGAAUUGCUACUCCACGGGCAUUUCCCGGUGGUCACAGGGAAAACCGAUGUUCAAAAAGAAUAUACGAUCUACCUUUUUGAACGCAUUCUGCUCUGCUGCAAAGAGAUCAAUCCAAACAAAUCAAAGGAUAAGCUCAUGGGAACUCAGAAGGACAAGAAGGACAAGAAGGAUAAGAAGAAGGAAAUGAACAAGAACGCAAAGCUCCAACUUAAAGGUCGGAUAUUCAUGACAAAUGUCACAGAAGUUCUGUCACUAGGAAAGCAAGGUUCCUACACAGUACAGAUUUUCUGGAAGGGAGACCCUGGUGUGGAAAACUUCAUCAUCCGAUUUUCUAACGAGGAGACUAUGAACAAAUGGUACGCAGGUAUUGACAACCAACGGAAGCAGCAAGCUGCCGCUGCUGCCCAAUCUGGCAGUAGUCCAGAUGGACCAGUCGCCGAUUUUGCUUGGAUCCGCGACCAAGCGGCCAUGAUGCCAAACCCUUACGCUCAGCAAGACGACGAUGACGACGACGAGGAUUACCCAGGACAACAGACUUCCCCAUAUCAGGGGCAGAAUGGGAUGCCUCGGAAUACAUCUAGUACGAGUCUCCGAUCAAGAUCGACGACUGGUGAAAGUCAACAGUCCUUGGCCGGGAUAGCACGAGCACCACCUCCACGUUUCCCCAUAGGGUUUGUGAGUCCUCCUCUCAGCUUACAAACAACAAUGUCAUCUUCAACUGCGCCUUCACCGGGUCAGCGAGGUGGCGAUUCAUAUUUCUCUCCAACGGAGUCGCCGGCGUCCUCAGCAAGAACCAGCACGGCUUCCUCGGUGUUCCCCUUCCCACGUCAAGGGACACCACAGAGUGGCUGGGAGGAUCCCACAAACCGGUACACCGCUCCAGCUCUCGCACGAGCACCGUCAAGGGAUAGUUCAACGUCGGCAAACGCAUACCAGAUGAACGGCCGGACACCUCAACGGCCAUCUCUUCCGGCUAUGGCAACAGGAUCGUCUCAGGGUAGUGUAGCCCAGCAGCGUGGCCGGUCUUUCAGUACUCCCGAUAUCAAUGGCCAGAAUGGAAGCCGCCGCUUGCCCAACGGACUCCCCAGUGGACCCGUUCCCGCUGUCCCGGGUAUUCCUUCUCAUCUACAGCAUCCAGCUUAUGAUAUUAGUAUUCCACGAUCUGCUAAUAAUUCGCCUAAUGGGGGGCCCGUGAGAUCAAGCACACAAUCACCAGGAAGUCAACGAGAACGUCAGCAAGCACAAUACCCCAACGUUCCCCAGUACAAGCGGGCAAACACAAACCCUAUUCAGAUGGUUCCAGAUAAUCGAGCAACAUCUCCACCACCGAGUAGCGCCAUGUCGGGAGACAGCGAUAUGGGGUUACCAACCCAGUUGAAGGUAAAGGUCAAUUGUGACGGGAAUUAUGUUACAUUAGUGGUAGCGUUCAACAUAACGUAUCAGUCUCUUAUUGAUCGAAUCGAUGCCAAAGUGGGACGAUUUUCCAACAACGCCAUCGCUCGGGGGACGAUGAGAUUAAGAUACCGUGAUGAGGAUGGAGACUUCGUUACGAUUGAGUCGGAUGACGAUAUACAAAUCGCCUUCCAAGAGUGGCGGGAAGCGCAGAAGCUUCAAUACCACGCUGGACAGCUUGGUGAAAUCGAGUUGUUCUGUCUCAGCGUGGAUAACAACUAG